AUGUCGUGGGGCCCGUUGUGCAGCGCGAUGGUGGGCUUCCGCCUGGGUUCCUGCCGCAUGAAGUCCCUGCCCGGUCGGACGACGGGACGAGCCAUACCUGCCCAUGUCGCCUCCAGCUCCUUUUACCCCUCUUCUCUCUCACUCGUCCCUCCUCGCCCGCCUCUUCUCUCGCUCGUCCCUCCUCGCCGCCUCUGCACGCUCUGCGAUUUGGCUCUUCAUUGGUUUGAUCCACUGCAGAUGGAGCUUCAGGUUGUUUGUUCCCCCGUUGCUUCAUUGAUUGCUUCCUCUCCAAUCUUCCUCGGUUGCAAAAAAGGGAGGAGAGGUUUCAGAGUUCAAGCCGUUUCAAAGCAGAAACGGUGGAGAGCUAAGCUGAGUGCUCAGAUCCUGGUGUCUAAGGAUUUCACGACCUCGUGCUUGGACCGUGUUGUGGUCACUGCUGCUGUCAAGGUCAGAGGAUCACUUUUGCCUCAGCCAGGGAAUGCUCCAAAAUUUGCAGAGUUAUAUAUAUAUCAUGGAGGAGAUGAAGUUGAUAAUAGAAUUCAGGCUUUAAGCAAGGAUGAUAAAAUUGAGGGCACCUUAGACAAGGCCAUUGUUAAGGGGCUUGAGGUCAUGCUUGAUACGCAUAAUUCUCUUGUGAAGAAGUUUCGCAUGGCUAAGCAAGUUUUAGCAGAAAAUGAGUUUGCUAAUGUUUCCAUUCGUAUAGUUGCUCCUGGUUUAACAGAUGGGCCUCAAUUUAAUCUACCUUCCACGGAUGAGCUUGCGUGCUUGUUAAGCAACGAUGAUUUGAGGUCUGAGAGUCUGCAAGGACUUGUAGAUGCGGUUGGAGCAGGUCAUAUGGAUGGAAGCGAGAUAGGUAAAAAAAAUAUCCUGCCUUCUUCUUUUACUGGCGGCCGCCGUUAUAUGAUUGAAAAUUUUCAAGAUGCGGUGGCCAUUGCGCGUGUUCAUGGUUGUCCGGAUAUUUUUACCACCUUCACAUGUAACCCAAAAUGGCCUGAAAUCACAGAGGCUCUUCUUCCUGAGCCUGGCCAAAAACCACAUAACAGAGCUGAUAUUACUGUUAGGGUCUACCACAUGAAGCUUGAUGAAUAUCUAUGUGAUAUUAGGGCGGGGAGAGCGUUUGGGAAAGUUACUGCAGUGUUGCACACCGUAGAGUUCCAGAAAAGGGGGCUACCUCACGCACAUAUACUCGUUUGGCAAGACAAGGAAAAUCGAGGUGAGAUGGCGAUUAACCCGCUUAGGGAGAUUCACAAGGAUAGCCAUCACUGGACUAUCUGCGUUCUUGUUUCUCGCAUGUGGCACUAUCGUGGAGGGACUGAUGAGGGCGCUAUUAAGCACACUGACCUGGUUCUGCUUGAUACAGAUGGAACUCAUAUGUAUGGCCAGCUCCCUCCAACCACUGCUGAGCGCCUCAAGGAUGUGUUGCAGGAGGGAAAGGUUUUCGUUAUAAGGAAAUUCUUCUGUAACGCGUCCAGGACAUCUUUUAGGCCUGUGGAGAGUCCUUUCAUGGUUCAGUUCACAAAAUACACUACUGUUGAGGAGAGGCCUGGGUUGGAGGUUAAUUACCCAUUCUGCACGUACAGUUUGACUGCAUUUGAUGAACUCCCAGAUCCCAGUGGACGUCCUACACGCUUCGUCGAUGUUAUUGGCAAAAUCUCGCAUGUUUCAGACGUUGUCCCUGUUCAAUCUCUGUACCAGACAGAAGCUUCUAACACGAGAACAAUUGUACUGACGAACCUGUUGGGUGCCGAGCUGAGGCUUGUUCUCUGGGGUGACCGAGCGGUUGAAUUUGAUGCAGACUUGGUUCGUGCAAUGGGUGAUAAGGAACCAGUCAUUGGUAUCUUCGUGGGAACAUUGACUAAGAACCAUCGAGGUGUCACGGGGUUAAGUGGUAGCUCUGCUUGUCGCUGGUAUAUUGAUGAGGACAUACCUGAUAUUAACUCAUUUCGUAAAGGCCUUGGAGAGCAGUUUACUCCUCUGUCUGCCUAUGUCCCCACGGUGUCAGAUGCCAUUCCAGCGCGUGUCUAUGCAGAACCUGUUGAGAUGACUAUGAAAGAACUCAAUGAUGUUGACCCUUUUGUAGAUAUGGAAAAGAGGUUUAUCUGCAGUGUUGUUGUUGACUUCAUUACUGCUGAUCAGCGAUGGUGGUUUGCUUCAUGUAAACUAUGCCACAAGUCUGCUAAGCAUGAUGGCUACCAGUUCCAUUGCUCGGGCGAAGCCUGCGGCUCUGUUAAGGCUGAUCUAGCGUACUGCGUUUCGUUCUUUGCAUCUGAUGCCACGGGUGGGGCUGAGUUUGUAAUGUUUGAUAGGGUUGGAGUAGCAGCUGUAGGCAAGCAUCUGAUGACCUUGAUGCAUCAGAGGUACCCAGGUCAUUCCACAGUCGAUGAGAUAGUUGCAGUUGCUAGGCAUGACACUGGUAUUCCAGCAGAGAUUUCUCGGCUUGUUAGCCAAAAGUAUAAACUUUUGGUCAGCAUAUCCAAAAAGUGGAAGACAGGCAACAAUGUCGACGAGCCCCUUGCUUUCCAGGUCUGCAGGAUUAUAGAGACAUACAAGCCCGACUUGCCGCCUCUUAGUUUUAACUCUGGUUUGGUUUCUACUGCGCUUCCAUCAUCAGCCAGUGGAUCGGGCACGAGAACUCCACCUUUGGGCCCAGUUAUGUCGCCUGGGCUGCAUGCACCUCAUGCGAGUGGUUCACCUCACAAUCAAGCCUUUCGUGUUGGAUAUGGUUCGCAUGUGGCGCAUGCUCGAGCCCCGCCUACUGCUAGGCUUAGCCCUGCAACUCCAGCUAAAAGCAAUUCAUCUGCUCCCAUGCGUGGCGUGAGGCGUUCUUUAUUCGCAAGCCCUUCCAAAGAUAAGGAACAUACUGAUGUGGACAAUAGUGUUCCAAUUGGAGAAGUAUCAGAUGCCUUGGUGGAUGAUGCUGCAGCUGCUGCUGAGGACAAGGAAGACAAUGUUGUGCUUUCAAAGGGUGUUGUUGUUGGGUUCAAAGAAGAUGGUGUCCUGCUUCCAAAGUCUAAAAGGGGUGCCUCUGGUAACAAGCCAGGUGGAGGGAUCAAGAAACCCAAGUUGUAGUAACCGGUCUGCUAUGGCUGUAGACGGUGAUUUUGGAUAAGGUCUUCAUCUGUAAAGUCCUGUCAUUGUGCAUGGUUGCUCUUGGAAGUUCGGCUGCCAUGGACAACCUGAAGAUCUGUUUAGUAUUUUAGUGUUGCUCCUUGCCUCGAUGUCCGCUACUACCCAGCGGUGUUGCUUUCUAGAUCAUUGAGCUUGGGAGCUAGGCUCAUCGCCUUGACAUAUUUUGUUGUUCCCUUUGGGUUCUAUGCAAUGUUGUUAAGCUAAUGUGAUGCCUAUGCAGCCAUAUCUCCGAGUACCGCUGAACUAUGUUCCUUGCUGCUAUUUCGACCUGAUGUACUAGCUAUCUACAUGCUUAUGUUGGUGAUACUGUAUGUACAUAGGAGCUAUUCUAUAAGCAACCUUUUGUAAAUAUGUCCUAUGUACUGUUAGGGGAAGAACCUGCAAUCCUGCAAGCCUAAAGUAUGAAAUGAACCUUUCUAUGGUAUGUAUCAUUGUCCA